AUGGGUGAGCAUAAUCAAGGAGGGCAAAAUGAAACAACAGUGACAGAAUUCAUCCUUCUUGGCUUCCCUGGGUCUCUGAAUUUUAAGAUGUUCAUCUUCAGCCUCUUUCUUAUCAUGUACAUUCUGUCAGUUGCUGGAAACCUCUCCAUCAUUAUUCUCGUGGUUACUACCAGUCGGCUCCAUACUCCCAUGUACUUCUUCCUAUGCAGUCUCUCUUUCGUGGAGAUCUGGUACACAACCAACGUUGUCCCCAAGGCUCUUGCCAUCUUUCUAGGGAGGAGUAGAAGCAUUUCUUUCAGUGGCUGCAUUCUGCAAAUGUAUUUCGCCUUUUCCUUUGGGAUCACACAACACUUCCUGCUAACCGUCAUGGCUUAUGAUCGAUAUUUGGCUAUAUGCUACCCCCUGCAUUAUAGCACCAUCAUGGAUAUCAAACUUGCUUGCAAGUUAGUAGUUGGUUGUUGGAUCUGUGGUUUCCUUUCCAUGUCUAUUCUAGCUUAUUUGAUAUCAAGGUUGUCUUUCUGUGGACCUAAUGUGAUUAACCACUUCUUCUGCAACAUUGAUUCCUGGAUAGUUCUUUCCUGUAGCGACACACGUGACAUUGAGAUAUUAGUAUUUGCCCUAUCAAUCAUUGUAAUCUUGUGCACAUUUGCAAUAAUUCUUCUCUCUUACAUGUACAUUAUCUCCACAAUCCUGCAUAUCCCUUCUGCCAAGGGACAGCAAAAAGCCUUUUCUACAUGUUUAUCCCAUCUUGCCAUAGUGAUUAUUUUGUAUGGCUCUACCAUCUUUCUGUAUGUCAAGCCUUCUAAACAGACAUCUUUAGAAAUGACGAAAAUAGUUAACAUCCUGAAUGCUAUUGUGACUCCAUUCCUAAAUCCUUUCAUCUACACACUAAGAAACAAAGAGGUGAAGGAGGCCUUAAGAAAUGCAUUGCACUGGAGAUGA